CCAGACCAGGUCACCGUGCCCUGAACCACUGCUGGGGAAAGUUCAAGGGAAUCCAGUAUUAUCUCUAGCUAAAUCUCACUUCUGCCUCCUUUCCCUCCCCCAGCCUCCAGCAGUGUUCUAUAAAGCAGCGAUCCUUAAGUGUUUGGGUUGUUUUGUUUUGUUUCUCCCUUCCUCCCCACACACUCAUGAGACAGCCUCCCCUGGGCACGUCCAGAUUACAGGCUGCAGCACAGAUAAAUCAGGUUGUGGGUCGGGAGCAGUUCCCAGCGAAACUCCACUGUUUUCUCUCCCACUGGAGAAAGGCCCCUCCUCUCAGCAGGUGCGUGAGUGUGAGGCGGUGCCCCUCUGGCCUGGAACUGCCCGGGCCCACCACUGAUCUGUGAGAGCUGCCAAGAAGGUCUUAGCAAGUGAGCGACUGCCCUGAAGUCACGCCGACCCGUUUUUAAAACAUCACCUGUAAAGGGAGUCCCCUCUUGGAAGCUGUCGGUCCCCGGGGUCUUCCCAGGACGCUGCCGAGGGGUGAGGCCGACCAUGCCUGGCCUGCAGCUGCUCUUCACGGCCGCUCUGCUCUCCAGCUGGGCUCAGCUUCUGGCCGAAGCCAGCUCCUGGUGGUCGCUAGCCAUGAAUCCAGUGCAGAGACCCGAGAUGUUCAUCAUCGGAGCUCAGCCUGUGUGUAGUCAGCUUCCGGGACUAUCCCCAGGCCAGAGAAAGCUGUGCCAAUUGUACCAGGAGCACAUGGCCUACAUCGGGGAGGGGGCCAAGACGGGGAUCAAGGAGUGCCAGUACCAGUUCCGGCAAAGGCGGUGGAACUGCAGCACCGUGGACAACACGUCUGUCUUUGGGAGAGUCAUGCAGAUAGGUAGCCGAGAGACUGCCUUCACCUACGCCGUGAGUGCCGCGGGGGUGGUCAAUGCCAUCAGCCGGGCUUGCCGCGAGGGUGAGCUUUCUACGUGUGGCUGCAGCCGGACUGCUCGGCCCAAGGACCUUCCUCGGGACUGGCUGUGGGGUGGCUGUGGGGACAAUGUGGAGUACGGCUACCGCUUUGCUAAGGAGUUUGUGGAUGCCCGGGAGCGGGAGAAGAACUUUGCCAAGGGGUCAGAGGAGCAGGGACGAGUGCUCAUGAACCUGCAGAACAACGAGGCCGGCCGGAGGGCAGUGUAUAAGAUGGCAGACGUAGCCUGCAAGUGCCACGGCGUUUCGGGGUCCUGCAGCCUCAAGACCUGCUGGCUCCAGCUGGCCGAGUUCCGCAAGGUGGGGGACCAGCUGAAGGAGAAGUACGACAGCGCCGCCGCCAUGCGCAUCACCCGCAAGGGCAAGCUGGAGCUGGUCAACAGCCGCUUCAACCAGCCGACGGCGGAGGACCUGGUCUACGUGGACCCCAGCCCGGACUACUGCGUGCGCAACGAGACGACGGGCUCCCUGGGCACCCAGGGCCGCCUGUGCAGCAAGGCCUCGGAGGGCAUGGACGGCUGCGAGCUCAUGUGCUGCGGCCGCGGCUACGACCAGUUCAAGAGCGUCCAGGUGGAGCGCUGCCACUGCAAGUUCCACUGGUGCUGCUACGUCAAGUGCAAGAAGUGCACGGAGGUGGUCGACCAGUACGUCUGCAAAUAGCCGCCGGGGCGGCCCCACACAGAGUCUAUAUUAUAUAAAUCUAUAUAAAUCUAUUUUAUAUUUGUAUAAAGGAAUAGAUUGGGCUGGGGGUAAUAAUUAAAAGAAGUGAACGGAAAGGAAAAGCUUAUUUAAAGAGAUGCUGGAGAUGUUUGAGGACCGGGGGUUCGGCCGGUCCUCGAGUCUCAAGGGGAUGGGGGGAGCGGGUGGGAGGGGGGCUGCCUCCUCCCCCACCCUCCCCGGUGGAGACACUCAGGUUGGAGGGCCUUGGAGAGGUUUGCCGUCUACACGCGUUGCCCCAGGAGAGAGGUGGGGCUUAAAUGGAGGAGUCAUUCAUUGGUGGGUGUGUGACUGCCCUGAGACCCCCGAGGCCCCGUGGAAGGAGGGAGGCAGGAACUCAGCCUGAACCUGCAGGUCUUCAGGUUCUGGUGCCGGAUGAUACCGACAGGUUCAGGAAGAGGCCUGCUGCUUUCUCACCCGGCCGCUUCCACACAAGUUUGCAGAAUCCACAGUGCCGGGAAGGGCUCCUUGCUCAAAAUGAGUGGUCUCCGGCUGUCUUCCACCAGGCGACCACACACCUGAGGAGGCGGGGCCCUCGUCUCCCACACACCUGAGGAGGAGGGGCCCUCGUCUUCCACGCCUCCCUACUCCUGCCACCAGGUCCCUGCACCAAAUGGCAAGGGGGUCCUCCGACCUGAUGGUUUGAGGAAGGACGUGGACCUAACUGGUUGUGCCUGGGCUGCAAAAAAGCCCAGGUGCCUCGCUGAACGGAGGGACAUUACGCUGUCCUCUCACCCGGGGAGAGGACACUUGCGAUACUGCUGCUGUCACCUCCCUCAUCGAGGGAGGCCUCGAGGACGGACCACCUGGAGAUGUCGCAGGGCCUGGCCCGGCGGCGGCGGCUGACCUGGCUCAGUCUCCUCGUCACGGCCCCAGAUGUAGUUUCCCCACGGCAUUAAACACCCUUUCCUGCGUC